UUCUUUCCCCUUCUCCUUCUUCCGCCGAACAAACGCCUUAUCCUACUUCCGCCGAACAAACAAAAGGGCAGCCGCUUUUUGUUUCUGCCGUAGACAAAGGACGAACUGCCAUCGCCCACUGGACCCUGGCCUGCCUCCCUCCUCUGGCGAACCUGCUGUUUGCACCGCCGGACCUGCUGCUUGCUGUUGCUUCCCUUUGUGCCACCGGACCUGCUGCUUCCCUUUCCCACCGCUGCCCUCCACUCUCCAGUUUCUGAUUAAUUGAAAGGUUACGGAUAACGAGAUGCCUACGCUUCAGUCCGCUUUACCUCCUGAGCUCGCCGACAACGUCAUCCGAUUGUAUCGUGAAUGCCUGCGAAGAGCACGUUUUGUUGGUCAUCAGCAACACAACACUGCACUUGUAGUCGACAUGGUGAGGCAACAAUUCAGAAAACAUAUGCAUGAAACUGAUCCGGAGAAAAUACAAAAGUUGAAGGAUGAUGCUGCCAGGGGCCUUAUCAAUCACAUCCUCUAUGAAUCAGAGAAGAUGACUGGUAAAAAAUUUUCAGGACCCAAAUGAUUUCAUGUGCUCGAAUGUUCAAAACCAAGAUGAAUAAUUUGUCCAAGUGCUACCUUUCUGCUAAUCUGCAUGGACAAAUCUCAGAAACUAUGAUCUAAUUCAUUGGUUUCUUAGAGAUUCAUGUUGACUCUUGAUUGCAUUUGAACUCUUAAAAAUUACGGAUAUUAUAUGCAUAAUUGUACCAGAAUUUUGAAUUGUUCAAGUCACCUUUAGAGUUUCUUGCCA